AUGCCAUUUUUUGUAUCCAAACCAUUAAACAUUUCUUAUGACAACGAAGUUUUACAAACUGCCUUAGCAAUAUUAGGAGAAACAUGUGACGAAAUCCAACCUGAAGACGAGCUUAAACAAUACUGUCAAGAGGAAUUAUCCAACAUUGAAGAGGUAACUAAGAGUAGGAUGUUGGCAAUCAUCAAUCAGUAA